AUGCUAUUGCACGUUUUCGAUACCUCAAAAAUGGAUAACUACAAGUGUUCACUGUCCGUCGUCGACGUUUACGAUAUGGCACAGGACAUCGGACGAGAGUUCGAGUCCAUCAUAGACGCGUAUGGCACCGAUGCCAUAACAGGGCUAAUGCCCAAAGUGGUAUCCGCCCUAGAGCAGAUGGAAAUAUUGGCUAUGAAAAAUGAACGAGAGAACACCACCGUGGAUGACCUGCGAGCGACGAUACAACAACUGGAAAUGGACAAACAGGAACGGACCGAGGAUAGGAUCAAGUAUGAGAAGGAGAUGGAACAAAUCGAAGAUAAGUGGCGUGAAGACUAUAACGAAUUGUUGACUACUGUUUCUAGACUUCAAGAUGAUAACCGUAAAUUGACUGAGUCUUUGCAAGCUGCUGAAAAGGAUAAGAUUGUUGAUUCAAAAUCUCAAGUUUUAAGUCCAGAUGUUGAUACUGUUGCUCUUCAACGUCUACGCCAUUCUGUAGACCAAAUGCGUGAUAGUAUUAGAAGCUAUGAACAUCAAUUAUAUUCAAAGAGUAAUGAAGUUGAUUCAUUGAACGUUCAAAUGGAUAGGUUGCAAACUACUUUAAAAGACUUGCGACGUAAACAUCGUUUUGCACAAGUACAAUGUCGUGGUUUAGUUGAAGAGAGGGCAAAUAUUCUUUCCCAACUUCAAAAGCAGCAAAAAGAAUUUAUAUCACUUAGACAAAGGUUUGGUGUAGCUCAAAAAGAAAAUGAAGACUUGUCAAAAUAUAGAGAUGAUUUGCCUGAUUUGAAAAAUAAAGCCAUUUAUGAUUUAGACGAUCCAGACAGACCAAAGUUUACUACAAAUGAACUGAAAGAUAUUUUGACUGAACGUAAUGAACUAAAAACUCGUGUUAAUGAUCUUGAAGAUGAACUCUUACAGUAUAGGCCGGUUGAACAGUCGACAAUAUCCCAGGAAAGGGAUGAAAUCCAAGAAACGCGGGUACGAAGAAUUUUGUUACGAAACUGUACCAGAACAGACGGUCACCGACAAAAUCCUGACACCGCUCCGGGCGAUAAGGAAGACACGCAAGUGUCAAUCAUCACCCCAGAAAUAUCAUCUAAUGUAACAUCCCCAAUCAGGUCUGAUGAUGAACAGGAAGAAGGACCUGUUCAAGGACCAUUACCUCUAGAACCUGAUGAUGCACCAUGGAAACGAAAUCCAGAAUCUGGUAUUCGUAAACUUUUUCGUAAGAUGUUUGCUGAAACUAACAACUCUUUAUUUUCUAAGACUAGUCCUAAACAUCCUAAGUUAUCGUUAUCCAAAAUGGCUGUAUCCAUUGGUCAUUCGUCUAUUAUGGGACCGUCUGAAGUGUGA